AUGGCUUCACCUCUUCUCGCCCUGCCCGCCGAGAUCCGUCAGCAAAUCAUCUGUGAGACCUUCCACGUCGAGCUCAUGGAUAGCACCUACCGUGUGCAGUCUCCACUGCGCGGGAUCUGCAAGCGACUGGAGUCAGACAUCGAAGAAGUGCGCUCUAGCUGGCUUCCUGAGGGAACAAUCGACGUUUCAGUCAAAGAUACCUAUGGAAUGUAUGGCUUCGUCCCACUGCAGAGAGACUUCGAACUGCGGGCAACUUGUUCGGGUCGCAAAUGGUUAGGCGUCCAGGAGGUCCGACUACAAUGUUACCUCGACAAUGCUCCGCCAGCGCCCAUGCCAACCUUGAGCAUCUUUCGCAAUGUGAUGUACCAGAACAAUCUCGACCAUUACGACAUCAGCAUGCUCCCGGAGACUGUCGAGAAGGUAGUAAUCGACACCACGAUGCCACCAAAGCAGCUAAAAGCCAUCGAAGAGGCUUGGCCGGAAGGGAGGUGCUCCAUCGAUGGGCGCCAAGAGAAAUUCUGGCUCGCCACUUUAAAGCACAUAUUCGUCUACAUCAGCGCAUACAGCAGAAGGGAGCCUAGUAAUACCUUAGAGAACGAGGGAUGGAUCUUUACAAAGGUCACAGACAGGAUGGUGCGGCUCGAGACAAAUGGAAAGCUACCAAAGAGUCAGGUAGAUGCAAUGGCUUGUACAAACCUGAAGGAGUGGUAG